GUCUAUAGUUUAAAAUUUAAAUUCUUCAGAAAUAUUUUUGUACAAGUUAACCACUCUGAGUUUAGUAUAUCCGGUAAUCCUUUUUGGUACAAGUUAACUACAACGUAUAUCUGGUCAAUCACUCACUUCCUGUCAGCCUUACUGACCAGUCCGGUCUCACUUUGUCUAUCGGCUUCAAUCUUGUUAGAUGCGUGCCUCGAGCCACUAAUUUUUUACCAAUAUUAUUCACGACGGCAACGUUUUCCACACAAAAUAAACUAUGAAACCCGUGUGACUUUUGUUUGCGUUGUGCAAGGUUAGCUAUCUGCCUGCACCAGGCAGAAUAGUAAAAAAUUAGUGAAUUCGUUUGGCAUGUCUGCUGAGGAUCGACGGAUACGUAAACUCACACCCAAAGGCCUCGUCAUGUUCAACGAACAGUGUGAAAAGCUGAAAAGUAAAACCGAUGAAACCUGGGCGGAAGUGGAGGAUGCUCUUGUAACAUCUGGAACAUGCGCAAAGGACUUCCAAAAAAUAAGAGAAGUAGAACGUUUAAUUUCUGUGAAAUUCAAAGAUUUCUGUAUAUCUAGUGAAGACUAUAAGAAAUAUCUACUUUCUCAAAAUACAGAGGAGGCGGUCAACUUGUUAAAUGAAUUAGAAGUUUCAAUGAACAAAUGUUUUUCAAUUGUAAAAAGAACAAGUGAUGAGUUGAAGGAAACCAAAUUUGAACUCCUUGAAACACUAAGUCAUGUGUCGUCUAAUGUAUCAAGUUUUCAAAGAGCUAAAGCGCAAGCUGAAAGGGCGAAACUAGAGCUGAUCAAGAGAGAAGGUGAGCUUUUAAAACAAAAAACUGAUAUCGAAGCAAAAAUUAGUAUCGUCAGACAGGAGAAAGAAAUCAUCUCAGCAGAAGCGGACUUCACAGAAGAAGAAAAGAUUGAUCUUCCGAUCUACUCAGGGGAACAGAUGACGAGUGCGUUUAUCCUCAAACACGACCAUAACCCAUCAAAUACCGAGGAUGGCCACAUUCAACAAAAUCAACCAUAUUUUGAACAGAAUCCACCAAUCAGUGUUCAACAUCCAGAGGCGGAUGACCGACAUCCGGGAUAUCUAAAUGCAGUUAAUCAAGGUUGUGUUCCUUCAAUUCCAAUUCAUCAAAUGCAUCAAUUGUGUGCGCCUUCUAAUUCAGUGAAUCCAGUUUGUUCUACCUCGAUUUCAGUGCCUCAAGUUUGUGCUUCUCAAGAUUCAGUGUCUCAAGUGAAUGUCCUUUUAAAUUCAGUGUCUCAAGUGAGUGUUCCUUCAAAUUCAGUGCCUCAGAUGCGUGUUCCAAAUUCAGUUGAUCAACGGAGUGCUCCAUUGGAUGCAGCUUCUCGAGUGUUCGUUCCCUCGAAUUCAAUGCGUCAAGUUUGUGUUACUACAAAUUCAUUGCCUCAUAUGAUUACUGCUCCAAAUCUAGUACCACAACGGACCGACAACACUUCGACAAUGGCCGACUUUUCAAAGUUUUUGCUACGCAAAGAUUUUCUACUCACAAGAUUCACCAACUUUGAUGAUCGUCCAGAAAAUUUCAAUUCUUGGAGUUCUUCAUUCCGGAGUGUUAUACUAGAACUUGGUGUCACAGAGUUUGAGGAAAUGGAUUUACUUGUAAAAUGGUUGGGUCCAGAGUCCUCAAAGUUUGCACGCACACUGCGCUCCGCAAACACCAACAAUCCUAGCCUAGGUGUAAAGCGUAUUUGGGAUAGACUGAACGAUAAAUAUGGGAGACCUGAGAUGGUGGAACAUGCUCUAAAACAGAAACUACACUCGUUUCCAACCCUCACAAAUAAAGAUCAUGCCAAAUUGUAUGAUCUCGUGGACAUUCUCACCGAAAUUGAAUCGGCGAUGACUAAUCCAAAAUACGAAAUUUGUCUGAGCUACUUCAAUUCAUCUACUGGAGUACUACCCAUAGUUGCCAAACUACCCAUAUCUCUACAAGACAAGUGGACCUCUCAAGCAGCUGGAUAUAAAAAACGGAAUGAUGUAGCAUUCCCUCCAUUUUCCUUUUUUGUCGAGUUCAUCCGUGAAAUGUGUGAAAUCCGUAACGAUCCUGGACUUGUAUGUCAACCGUCCACAAACACAAACAUGGCAUACAGCAAACCUAGACCUACUGGCGCAGUCACUUCUCGUAAAGUUGAAAUUGUAUCAUCAACUCUGUCAACACGUUGUCCCAUACACAAUGCUGGACAUUCUUUGAACGAAUGCCGUGGCUUCAAAAGAAAAUCACUACGUGAGCGUCAAAACAUUCUACGUGAUAAGAAAUUAUGUUUCCGAUGUUGUGCCUCACAAAGUCAUGUGUCCAAAAAUUGUACAGCGGACAUUAAAUGUGAUAUAUGUGGUAAUCCUUAUCAUGUCGCAGCGAUGCACAUUGAUCGUCGUCCUUCAAAACCCGAAUCCCCUACACCAGUCUCAACAGCGAAAACUGCCUUAAGCAAUGGCGGGGAGUAUGAAGAAGGAAAACAUGGGAGUCGUUCUUGCGGGAAGAUCGUUUAAGUGGACGUGUUUUGUCAAUCAAAUCCUGCGAAAGUUAUCCGUGUUUAUGCGACAAUCGAUGACCAGAGCAACCGGACGUUGGUGUCCCCUUAUUUGAUAGAUCGACUCGGAGUUACAGGAGAAUGUAAACCCUACACUCUUACGUCAUGCUCCGGUGUAACGACAGUCGCUGGACGCCGUGUGAACGGAUUAUGUGUCAAAGCCUUGGAUGGUACA